AUGGUUAACGAACGUGCGCCCCCAAAGGCGCCUCUACGCGAGACUGCAUCCCGCGAGCUCUCUCCUGACGAUGAUAUUACAACCCUUAUCACUGGUGCCACCAGCACUCCCACAUUCGGUCAUCCUACCAAGAUGAUGUCCUCUCGUAAGCAGAGAGCAGACCCUUUCAUACGGCAAAAGACCCGGCCCGAACACCAUAUCGAUAAUCGAAGCAGCAACGGUACCAGAAUCACAGGCCCUAAAGGCCCUACAUACCAGGACCGAAGGGCGCCACCGUUGCCAAUGUUUAGCUCAGACGCUCCACCUGCAUCAUCUCAUGCACCCCCCAGGACCUACGGCGAGGAGACCUUUUACACAGACCCUGCCAAGGCAAGCGCCGAUUUGAAGGCCCUACUUGAGGGUGGCAUGGAAGAGGGCGAAGAGGAAGGCGGACAGCCGGAUGGCGAGAAAAAACCAGAAGCAACAAAAGAUGCUAAAGAUGCUAAAGAUGGCACCGUAGAUGGCCUCAAGGUCAAGCUGCUGCCUCAUCAAGUCGAAGGUGUUGAGUGGAUGCGUGGACGAGAACUAGGUCCCGUGAAACGAGGAAGGGUACCCAAGGGAGGUAUCCUAGCCGAUGAUAUGGGUCUUGGAAAGACCCUCCAAACAAUCUCGCUCAUCCUCACCAACCAGAAGCCUGCCAAGAACGCUUCUGGCUGGAAGAAGCACUUUGAAACGAUUGAAAAGACAACACUUGUGGUGGCACCUUUAGCUCUGAUUCGCCAAUGGGAACACGAAAUUAACGAUAGAGUGGAAAAGAGUCAUGGUCUCAAAGUUUGUGUCCAUCACGGGCCCAACCGAACCAAAAGAUUCAAGGAUCUUGCUGCCUACGACGUUGUGAUCACAACCUACCAGAUUCUGGUCUCGGAGCAUGGAAACUCAUCUGAUGCCGAGAAUGGAUUGAAGGCAGGCUGUUUCGGCUUGCACUGGUGGCGAGUUGUCCUGGAUGAAGCCCACACCGUCAAGAACCGAAACGCAAAAGCCACAAAGGCAUGCUACGCCCUAAAUUCAGAAUAUCGAUGGUGUUUGUCCGGUACGCCAAUGCAAAACAACCUGGAUGAGCUUCAAUCUCUCAUCAAGUUUCUCCGUAUUCGACCUUAUGAUAACCUCAAGGAAUGGAAGGAGCAUAUCGAUCUGCCCUUGAAGAACGGCCGAGGUCACAUUGCUAUUCGAAGACUACACAGCCUUCUCAGAUGCUUCAUGAAGCGAAGAACCAAAGAAAUCCUCAAGGAAGAUGGCGCGCUUAACCCUGGUGGUAAGCCUUCUGCCUUGGGUGAAGGCUCCUCGACGGGUUUCAAGGUUACUGAGCGCAAGGUUGUCACUGUAGCGGCUGAGUUAUCGCCUGCAGAGCGCAAAUUCUACGAUAGACUAGCAGCUCGAGCAGACCAAAGUCUUGAGGAUCAGAUGUUGCAAGGCAAAGUCAAUUACGCUAACGCUUUGACUCUGUUGCUCCGACUUCGACAGGCCUGUAACCACCCCAAACUUGUUGAAGGCAAGCUAGAGAAGGACAAGGAUGCAAUGUCGAUAGGAUCUACUCAGAAGAACCAGGAGGCAGACAUCGAUUCUAUGGCCGAUAUGUUCGCUGGCAUGGGCAUCGUCUCUAAGGAUUGCAACAUCUGUGGUCGAGGUUUGAGUAGUGAAGACAACAAAUCAGGCAAAGACAUCUGCUCAGAAUGUCACGCUGACCUGGCAUAUUUUAACGACCAUGAACGACCAGAGAAGCCAGCGCGAGGAAAUAAGUUGAAGAAAACCAAGUCCAAGGGCAAGAAAGAAAAGAAGAAAGAAGGGGCCAAAAAGAAUGUCGAUAGAGAGAUUAUCGAUCUCGGUGAUGACGAGGACGAUGAGCCCCAGAAGACAACCUCGAGGCGAUCUCGCAAUCGAAACGCUGUUGUCGACAGUGAUGAUGAGGAUACAAUGCCGCCACAAAAAAACAAUCGAAAGCCUCGAAACCGCAACGCUAUCUUGGAUAGUGAUGAGGAGGAGGAAGCCGAAGGUUCAUGGCUCGUUUCAGAAAAUGAGCAAGGCUCACUUCAUCUCGGAAAGGCUGGCGGCGAAGAAGACGAAAAUGCCGAGGGAGGGGGCGAUUCUAUAGGCCCCGAAGAUUCUGAGGACGAGGAGAGUAAGCUCGAAGAUAAGAGCAACUUGAGCAGCUUUAUUGAGGACGAUGAAGCCUCUGACUCUGAUGACUCUUUGACAUCUCUGACUGAUCUUACGAAGCGCAUGGCUGCACAGACACUGGACGAUAGAAAAUCUAACGCUGCAAACACAAAGGCGGCUACAACUGCUGUCUCCGAAUCUUCUGACUCGGACUCCAGUUCAGGAUCUGAGUCCGAUUCUGAUUCCGAUUCCUCUGGCUUGUCUUCUGACGAAGAUGACAGCGUCUUCUAUCCUUCGCGCGACCCCAACUCUCCACAAGUCCUUGCUUCCUCGAAAAUACGAGAACUCAUCAAGAUUCUCCAAAAUGAAGUCAAGGAACACAAAUUCAUUGUCUUCUCCCAAUUUACCUCUAUGCUUAACCUGGUGGAACCCUUCUUCCGUAAGGAGCGGUUCCGCUUUGUGCGGUACGAUGGUAGCAUGAAGAAUGAUGAGCGAGAAGAAAGCUUACGAAGUUUGAGGAGCGACCCUGAAACGCGAAUUUUGCUGUGCAGUUUGAAGUGCGGUAGUUUAGGACUUAACCUCACAGCGGCGACCAGGGUCGUCAUCCUCGAGCCCUUCUGGAACCCGUUUGUGGAAGAACAAGCCAUCGACCGUGUCCAUCGUCUCACGCAGACUGUCGACGUAAUCAUCUACAAGCUUACUGUUUCCAACACAGUUGAGGAACGCAUUCUCGAACUGCAGGACAAGAAGCGUGAACUGGCCGAGCAGGCUAUCGAGGGUGGCAUGCGCAAGGAGGCCCUCAAGCUUGGUCUCAACGAGAUCAUCAAUCUUUUCAAGCCAGGAUCUUCUGCGGAUAACCCUAGUCUGAUCACCGACACUGUCGGCGAUGAAAGCUUUGAUGGUAACGGACGCAGAGCGGUUUCAAUGCAGAGGCGACCGGAACGGCCCAAGAAGGAAGAGAGCUCUGUCUACGGCCGAAGAUGGUAA